AUGGAAAAUCCUGAAGUGGCUGUGAGCAGCUGCAGUGCUCACGAUGAUGAAAAUCUUUGCAGCUACAAACGGCACCCGUCGGUGUCACAGGAGGGGCUUUUGGAAGACCAGCUUAGAAGGAAGUUAAAAUUCUUCUUCAUGAACCCGUGUGAGAAAUUCUGGGCCCGGGGCAGGAAACCUUGGAAACUUGGGAUUCAGCUACUCAAAAUAGCGAUGGUUACUAUUCAGCUGGUGGUUUUUGGAUUGAGCAAUCAAAUGGUGGUUGCCUUUAAAGAAGAGAACACCGUGGCAUUCAAACAUCUCUUCUUGAAAGGAUACAUGGACGGAAUGGAUGACACCUAUGCUGUGUACACACAGAGAGAUGUCUAUGACCAGAUAUUCUUUGCAAUAAACCAGUAUUUACAGCUGCCCAACAUUUCUGUUGGAAACCACGCUUAUGAGAAGAGGGGAGCAGAAGAGACAGCUCUGGCCGUGUGUCAGCAGUUCUACAAGCGAGGAACCAUCUGUCCUGGAAAUGACACCUUUGAUAUAGACCCAGAGAUUGUGACUGACUGCUUGUACAUCGAGCCAACGACGCCGUUCGACAACACAACGGUGGGGAAGCACAAUUUGAAUUUCACUCUGGAUUUCCACAGACUGGUGACGGUGCAGCUCCUGUUCAGUCUGAAGGCAAUCAACCUCCAGACCGUUCGUCACCACGAGCUCCCCGACUGUUACGAUUUCACUCUGACGAUAGUGUUUGAUAAUAAAGCACAUAGUGGAAGAAUUAAAAUAAGUCUAGACAACGACAUAGCCAUCAGGGAAUGUAAAGACUGGCAUGUUUCUGGAUCAAUACAGAAGAACACUCAUUACAUGAUGGUCUUCGAUGCUUUUGUUAUAUUGACUUGCCUGGCCUCGCUGGUCCUUUGCACACGAUCAGUGGUUAAAGGAAUUCGGCUCCAAAGGGAAUUUGUAAGCUUUUUCCUGUAUUAUUAUAAGAAAGAAGUAUCUUUCAGUGAGCAAAUGGAAUUUGUCAACGGAUGGUACAUCCUGAUUAUGGUUAGCGAUGUCUUAACUAUUGUUGGAUCGACUCUCAAGAUGGAGAUACAAGCCAAGAGCCUGACAAGUUACGAUGUCUGUAGCAUACUCCUAGGAACAUCCACGAUGCUCGUGUGGCUCGGAGUCAUUCGCUACCUAGGUUUCUUUCAGAAGUACAAUCUUCUCAUCCUAACGCUGCGAGCAGCGUUGCCCAACGUCAUGAGGUUCUGCUGUUGUGCUGCUAUGAUCUACCUGGGCUAUUGCUUCUGUGGGUGGAUUGUGCUGGGACCAUACCAUGUGAAGUUUCGCUCUCUGAACACGGUUUCCGAAUGCCUUUUCUCAUUGAUCAAUGGAGACGACAUGUUUGCCACCUUUGCAAAAAUGCAGCAGAAAAGUUACUUGGUUUGGUUGUUCAGUAGGAUCUACCUCUACUCCUUCAUCAGUCUGUUCAUCUAUAUGGUGCUGAGUCUCUUCAUCGCACUCAUUACAGAUACGUAUGAAACUGUCAAGCACUACCAGCAAGAUGGCUUUCCGGAGACAGAACUUCAGAGAUUUAUAUCACAGUGCAAAGACUUACCAAACUCUGGCAGGUACAGGUUAGAGGAGGAGAGCUCCGCAUCUCUCUUCUGUUGCUGUAACGGUUGCAGUGAACAUAUUUAAUGGAUUGUGGGAG